CCGAAAUGGAUGACUCUUCGGCAGUAUCCGUUCCCAAAAAUUCCUAAGCGCUGGGUCUGUGAGCUUCUUUACCCCGCCCUCUGCAACCAAUAAUGGGGAAAGGCUCUCAGCUCACUAAGCUCAAAGCAGCGCUAUCUCAGUCUGGUCUGGCUGGAAAUCAACAGCCGAAGGGAUCGAAGAAGCGAAAACGUUCAGCAAUUGGCGGCCAUGACGUUGCUGCCGAGAAAGCGAGACGGGAAAAGAAAUUAGAAGAAAUCAAAAAAUCUGUUGAUGUUAGCCCCUUCGAUGUGAAAGUGACGAAACUUAAGCAUGAAGUGGGUGGAAGGAAGGUGAAAGGUGUUAUUGGUCGGCCCGGGUUAAGUAAACAGACCGGAAUGGAGCUUAGAAGGAAGAAACUUUUGGCCGAGUUCGAGAAGAAGGAUCGUGCGGGAGGGAUAGUUGACCGUCGGUUCGGCGAGAACGAUGCGACAUUGGCUCCUGAAGAGCGUAUGCUCGAGCGUUUCACCAAGGAACGCCAGAGAGCGUCAAAAGGAGUUAAUUUCAACCUUGAGGAUGAUGACGAACAGCUUACACAUUACGGGAGGAGUCUUGCUGCAGUUGAUGACUUUGACGCUGAAGGACUUGGGUUGGACGACGAGGAUGGUGAUCUGCUUGUGCGUGCCCCAGAUGGAGAUUUACCACUUCGGACUCGUUCCGGUGCGCCUGGCGACGAGGACGAGGGUGAUGGCGUGCAUCCGAGAAAGAAGUCGAGAUCAGAAGUUCUGUCUGAAGUUAUAUCGAGGAGCAAGGAGCACAAGUAUCUGCGACAAUUAGCUAAAGAAGAAAACGAUGAGAUGCGUGAGGCGAUGGAUAAAGAAUUUUCUGACAUUCGCAAUUUGCUAUUUGCCUCAAAGCCCGAUCCCCAAGCUAGUGGAAGCAACGCCACUCCACUUGGUCCCAUCCGUAAAGCAGGUCCUGUCAUGACGAAACAGGCACCGCCGGACUCUGCUGUACUCACAUCCCAGACCCCGCUGGAGGAAAACCCUGUUGGCGACGAUGGCGAUGACGACGACGCACAAUAUGACAAACUUGUCCAUGAGCUUGCUCUGGAUAAGCGCGCGAAGCCCAAGGAUCGUACGAAGACCGAAGAGGAGAUCGCAGCUGACGAGGCCGAAAAGCUUCGGAAAGCUGAAAAAGCGCGACUAAAGCGAAUGCUCGGUGAGGACGACAGUGAGGAUGAUGCCGAAGUACGCGGAGGAUACAAGAAACGGCGGCGACCUCAAGCUGACGAUUUAGAAGAUGACUUCUGUCCGAGUGAUGAUGAUGAUGAUAACGCUUAUAAUCUUGGGAAAGGGUUGGGGAUCCAGCCCCACGACAAAGCUGAUUCUCAGGAAGAUGGCCAGGAUGAAAGCAGGUCUGCAAUAUCGGAGAGUGGCGGAGAAGAUGAAUCCGAUGAUUAUGGGGAACAGAACAGUGCCGUGCAAGGCUCUGACGAUGAAGAUGAGGCCGAGGCUUCUUCACAAGCUUCUGACAAGGAGAAAAUAGGAGGGAAGGAGAACGAGGGGCUUCCCUUCACCUUCCGUUGCCCGACCACCCAUGAUGAGUUCCUGGACAUUGUUGAAGGGAUCGACCCCUCCGAUCUUUCAACAGUUGUUCAUCGUAUUCGUACCAUAUACCAUCCCAGCCUAGCAGAAGGAAAUACUCUAAAACUAAAGACUCUCGUCGGCAUCUUGAUCGAACAUAGGUUACACGCUGCAGCUUCCACAUCUUCGUUCAGUGCUGCUGCCUCCCUCGAACCCCAAAUCAUCUCACUAGCUAAAUCAUAUUCCAUCGAAGCUGCAACGGCCAUCCGGAGUAAACUUGUCUUGAUGCAGAAGAAUCUCAUGCGUGGGCUUGCUCGCGGCGCUACUCAAGUGGAGUCAAAGACGUUUCCUGGAGUUCGGGAGUUGGUCCUGUUGCGCUUCGUCGGGGAGGCUUGCUCGACGAGUGAUAAAAAGCAUCCCGUUGUGACACCUGCCAUGCUUCUCAUGGGGCAAUACCUCUCGCAAGGCCGAGUCCGUCAUUUGAGUGACCUUGGGUCCGGUUUGUUUCUGUGUACCCUUUUUUUUAAUUAUCAACGUUUAUCUAAACGCCUCAUUCCUGAAGCCAUCAACUUCCUCAUUAAUUCCCUUCUCCAUCUUUCCCCUCAUACAUUUGCAGAAGCACCCAGAUCCGUCAACUUCCCCCCUUUACCUGACUUCAAACUUCACACAAAGUUACGGCUCGGGCUGGAAGCAGCGCAUAACCUGACUCCUGGUUUGCCGAACCUUGAAGCAUGUUUACUCCUUGUUGACCCUGACUCGCAAAGCAAUGAAGUAGAGCAGCACAAGCUCGACCUCCUUUCCCUGACAUAUACCCUCCUGUUACAAUUUGCGAAACUAUACGUCGACCUUGAUGGUUUCGCCGAGCUUUUCGAACCUGUUAUGACCAUCACUGAAAAAAUCUCGAGUGCUGAAUUUUCUGAAAAGCUGUUGGCAUCUCACACGGCAUGUUGUGAUGGAAUUUCUCGCAUGAUAAAAUUUGCCACGGAAAGCCGCAAACCUCUCACUCUGCAAUCGCACAAACCUAUUCCGAUCGCGACAUACGCUCCUAGCUUUGAAACUGCUUACUCCUUCUCGAAACACGAUCCCGACCCUGACCGCAACGAAUCUGCGAAGCUCAAGGCAUUGUACCGUAAAGAAUUCAGGGGCGCUAUGCGUGAACUGCGGAAAGAUACUAAGUAUCUGGCCCUUCAGAAGGCUAAAAUGCAAGCUGAGAAGGAUGCAGCUUACAAGAAGAAAAUGGCACGGCUUCAUGGUGGGAUUCAGGUCGAGCGAGCUGAGGAGAAGCGGUAUCUGCGGGAUAAGGCCAAAGAGAAGAGAAGAUCUGGGAAAAGAUGAUUUUACGUGUGUUUGCAUGGCACUUGCCACGGAUAUUAGUUCAGAGUUUUUGGUAUUGUUUCGUAUUGAUCGAUUUAAUUUGACAUUUGGAGCCUCGAGCGGAACGUUGGGGUUUCAUGGAAUUUUACCAUGUUAGGAACCAUUUUCACGAAAUCACAGGCCAUCAUCUGAGAGGCUUGUCGCCCCCUCUUGAUAGCUGUAUGCAGUAUGUAUGUAUAAUUCACAUGCUGCGUGCACCAGCAUUUCCUUUCAUUUCCGUACUACAUGUUCACUCAUCUGGGAUUGUUGGCUUGAUACAACGGUAAUUAAGAUACAUUUUCAUUCAAUUCCGCUCUCUUUGCCCGUUAAACAUG